UUACGAAUCUUUACAUGGCAACGUUUACUGCCUGAUCCACGCGUCACAACAUCACCUUAGUGUGUGUGUGUGUGUGUGUGUGUGUGUGUGUGCGCGCGCGAGGCUGCGUGAGACAUGAUGUGACAUUCGGCCGCGCGUAAUUGGCGCAUUCGGAGAGCGGUGCGCGGUGCGAACGGACGCCGCGCUGAGUUUGAAACCAUUCGCCCGCUCCUGGACGCCUGCUGCCGCUGGAGCGAGUCCGGGGAUGCUGCGGCUUGUCUCGCUGCCAGAGUGCCGCCGCGCAACUCGGGGCUGCGCCCUCCGCGUCUGCUGAACGGCAGAGCUCCGAAAACGGAUUCUCGGCGCGUCUCUCCCUUUUAUUCUCACCGGGAAACUGCCGCUAUGGCGCAGCCGUGCGAGGUUUAGGCUUCUCCCGCAGCGAUAUCUCUCGCUCCUCGGGCCGCGGGUGUGUGUGUGUGUGUGUGUGCAUGCUUCCCCCUCCUCACACCUGCAAGAUGGGGAACAGUUUCUCCAAUUUGGCCGCCUUCCAGUCCCUGCACAUCGUGAUGCUCGGCUUGGACUCUGCGGGCAAAACCACCGUGCUCUACCGGCUCAAAUUCAACGAGUUCGUCAACACGGUGCCGACCAUCGGCUUCAACACGGAGCGCAUCCGGCUGGGCGGCGCGGGGGCCUCGCGGGGCAUCAGCUGCCACUUCUGGGACGUGGGGGGCCAGGAGAAGCUGCGGCCCCUGUGGAAGCCCUACAGCCGCUGCACGGACGGCAUCGUGUACGUGGUGGACUCCGUGGACGCCGAGCGGCUGGAGGAGGCCCGCACCGAGCUGCACAGGAUCACCCGGUUCGCGGAGAACCUGGGCACGCCGCUGCUGGUCAUCGCCAACAAGCAGGACCUGCCCCGGGCCCUGGACGUCGGGGAGAUCGAGAGGCAGCUGGCUCUGGCGGAGCUCAGUCCCGCCACGCCGUACCACGUGCAGCCGGCCUGCGCCAUCAUAGGAGAGGGGCUGAACGAGGGCAUGGACAAGCUGUAUGAGAUGAUAGUGAAGAGGAAGAAGUCCCUGAAGCAGAAGAAGAAGAGGCAGUGAUGGUGGACUUGGGGGGGGGGCUGCGAUGAAUGGCUGGUAAAAUCAACAGGACAAGAUUCAGGAUGUGUCACAGCGAUGGUAAAUCAAAACACCGUAGCAUAAACAGCAGUGUCAUUAUAGAUGAGCCCACUGGAAUCCAUAUCUUCCGUCAUAAAUGUUAUGGAAACAAAGACGAACAGAACUAAACUCUAUUUAGCAACUUUUUUUAUCUACAGAUAUGUGACAUCUCUCGAUGUAGGAGUAUUAGCUAGACUGUUGUACACACUGUAGCAGAGAGGCUUUGGGUCCGCUGAGUUCCCUGUCGCUUCUGUGCCGUGCACAAGUCCAGAACAGUUGCAAACGUGAUAACGGAGGCACUGAAGCACGGGCUGAUGUUCAAAGCUGUGAGGUGAUCAUAGAACGCAGAGGAUUCCCCCGAGAAGACACACACUCUGCUCUUUUAUCCCACCUAAUAAAUGUGAAAUGAGUGGUUGAGACGGGGCUCUGUUUACGCUGGUUUAAAGAUUCAAGUUUGGUCAAUUAUGUGGGAUAAAAUGAUGCAUUCGUGUAUUAUGUAUGUUUGGCAUCAGCACUGUCUUUAUAAAACAGAUUUGAUUUUGGUAAACGUUAAUAUUCUCACACUAACUUUUAUUUAGUGUAUAGUUAUGUGUCUUUCCAAGAGAAACUAUCUUUUUCUACACCUCCUCUGAAAGCCAUAGUAAAUGUCAGACAUCAGCUCUGUCCCAAUGUGAUCCCUGCUUCACCUGAUUACUGUAGUUACGACCGUAUCAGUGCUGUGCUUAGGAUGUACGAGUGUCUGAAGCCACACAGUAGCUCCUAACGUCAUCCCAGAAACAAGUAACCACCAGACUCGAGCUGAAGCUGUAGCGUUACCAUUUAUAUAAUGGCUGGAAAAUGUCAGUUUCUAUUGCUAGUGACUGAGGGUGACAAGGAUACAGAAACUAUAUUGGACAUAUUUCCUAAUUGGAAAAAUAAAAAAAAAAGCUUGAAAAUUGAAACUAUUAUGAGAAAUUGUCUAAAAUAUUGAAAAUAAUCUGUAUACUUUUUGAGGGCUAGGAGUUAUUUUCUUACAUAAUGGCAGUGAUAAAUAUAUAAAUAUCUCAAAAUAUCUCACCCACAAUUACGACAGUCAACAACAGAUACGCUUGCAUAGUAUGGAAUCCAAACCUCUUUGUUUUCUGACAACUUAUAUAAGUCAUCAGCUGUAGUGAAGGACUUGCAGGUCACAUGUUCUCAACCCUCCCCUUCGAUGUCAGACGAAAAACUGUGAAUGUUUUUGAGAAGGUUGAGACUUUACUCUGUAGUGGGGACCUUUUUGUAUUCAUUUAAGGAAGCAGAUCCCUGAUCUGAUCCACAUCCGCCCUGCCCUGCUUUCUGCUGAGUACCUGGAUCAGGUGUGUUGGGUCAGUCUGAAUGGAAGUGGACGUCCAACUGGCUGAACACCUGGAGCAGGUGGUCAGCAGUAAGUACUGGUAAAACUGGUAAAACCUGGAAGGGCCUCGAGGUCGAGGUUCAGGAGCCGCUGGUUGUCACGUCUGUAGCUGUCUGCAGAGUGGAACGUUUAGGAUGCAGCCAUGAAUGAAAUCACAUUUGUCUGAUGUCUAUCAACAAACUACUUGUAAAAGGCCAGUGCUAUUAGCGUGUUAUUAGUCCUGUACAGUGUCGACCUGCUGGCGGUGACGGAACAGACAGACGCGGAGCAAAGUGUCUUCCUGUAACGCUGAACGCAGUGAAAGAACUCAACAGGCUGGAACCUGUUCAGCUUCUCCUCAAAGCGACGUUUUCUCACUGAAUUGACCUCCUCCUGAACGACAAACCUAAACGCGCUGCGUGCCGCUGACCCAGACAGCGUUUGCAUAUGCAUUUAAACAACUACAAGUCAGUGGCAUUUGUUUCUUGGUUGACUGUUGAAUGUCUCACAGACUGUUGUCCCAAUGCUGCAUUCACGUCAAAACAGAAAAAGAAAGGGAAACCACGUAGCUGCAGCAUGACGUCCACAAAAUAAUAAAACCUUACUUAUUUUGAACCUUAAACUGCAGCAUGUUUCUCAAUGAUAUACUGUACGCAGAAUCUUUUAAUGAUUGAAUGCAACAUGUCAUCACGUUCAUUUCCACCAGAGGCAGAGACGAAUGUCGUCGUUAGUGAUGGAAGCUAAACGUGCGGCGUGUGAAUCUGACAUGAACGCGGCAUCCGCUCAUCUGCAGCGAUCAGUCGACUUGUGCUCGACAGUGCAUGGCAGCCACAGUACAUGUAAAUAAUAGAGUAUAGCGUUACAACCAAGAUACAGCAAGACCAAACGAUGUACCACAUGCCAAAAUGGAAAAAAAAGUAUUUUUGGGAUUAAACCUUUUAAAAGUA